GCUGAAGAGACAAGCCAGAUGAUAUGCAAGUUGAUCAACAGUAACCUGGACCCGGUCCUAAAAAAACAGCUGGAAGGGUUUCUCCUGCAGUUUCCUCAUCACAACGCAAGAUUCUCUGCUCUUGGAUAUUUUCCGAUCCACAACGAAACCCUCACAGCGAUGGCUGGAGCGGUGACAACGUACCUAGUGAUAAUGAUCCAAUUCCAGGACAAACCACCAUCCACCUAGAGCAUCAUGGGGUUUAGAACCACGCCACUAUACGUAAACUUAUAUUUAUUAGUUAUUGUUUACGCGAUGU